UUCACCAGGUCUAUCUCCAAGUGAUUGUUCACUAUGUCGGAUUGAUGGGGGAGACUACCAAUCGACCCCUGCUGUGACACUCUCAUGCAAUUGCAACAAUGCUGGAUUUCAUGGAUUAUAUCCAGCUCGCCUUCGCUGAGGGGACCAAUUGGAAUCGCGACAAUUCGUACUCGUCGUUAACAGCCACAGCACAGUCACUCCUCGACUUCACCACCCCUGAGCGCCUCCGCGUCCACCUCUCCUCCCUCUCAACCCCUCAUUUCGCAACCAGCUACACACUCGGCACAGUCGGUCUAAUCGACGGCUCCGUCUCCUACCUCUACAGCACCCUCCCAUUCGACAGCACCCCCAGUCGAAGCGCCCUAAUACCCCUUCGAAAACUUACCCCGGGCUACCGACAAGUCCAGCGCCCAGCCGCCCCAGCCGAGAACUGGGCAUGGAACUCGAUACUUGAUGGCGUUGGCGAUUUCUCGCCGGCAGGAGACGGUGGUAAUGAUGCGGUUACUCGGCAGAAAGCGACGUUGCUUCAUGCGACGCUUCAUCUGCCGCCGCCAACGACGCUUAAUGCGUUGUUCUUAAGGAGGAUUUCCCCAACGAUGCAGCUGGCACUCGCGGUGUGCUCGACUCGUGGGCCUCCAUUGUCGAAAUCGGCACCGCAGGCUUCGCUGUUGACGCAGUUGUCUCAUGAUACGGGGAAAUACAGCAAUGAAUACCUGUUUAGCACGGACAAUGCACUAUUCGGCUGGCGGGGUUUAUGGAAUUUCGGUCCAGACCCGCGAUCUACUUCGAAGAAUGACAACUCCGCAUCACAACUAUCCCUUCUAUCUGCAGGCGCAGAAGCAUACUACUCCCCCAUCUCCUCUCUCAUUGGCAUGUCCACAGGCAUCCGCUUCAGCACCCUUCCCGCACCCGAGACACCCGAGAGCCAAUUCUCCUCUCCCUCCUCCCCAUCAUCCCCCGCAAAUAACGGGCCAAUCUCCACCUUCCCCUACACCCUCACCCUAACCCUAACCCCUUUAACCGGCUCCCUCUCAACAUCUUACUCCCUCCGCGCCUCCCCAAACCUCUCUUUCAGCUCCCGCUUCGGUUUCAACGUCUACAGCUGGGAAAGCGAGAUGGUCGCGGGGUGCGAACUCUGGCGCAAACCCAGCAAAUCCACCACCGAACCAGAAGAUGAUGGACUUGAAUGGGCGAGGCGCAAAAUGCGGGAGAAUAAUCCUGAUUUUCCGCCUGCUCCGAGCAAUGCGAGUCCCGCACCGCUGAAGGAGUUAAAGAAAGAUGAGGAAGAGGAGGAAGCUAGUGACUCUGUGCUUAAGAUUCGGGUUGAUCAGUCGUGGAAUGUGAGGUUGCUUUGGGAGGGACGGGUGAAGGAGUUAUUGGUUAGUGCGGGUGUUGGGUUGGGGCCGAGUUCGUUUUCGCCAGCUUAUGGGCCUGGUGGUGGUGGUGGUGGUGCGCAGAGUGUUGGGGGUGGUGCGUCGGCGUCAUAUUGGAGGAGUGUGGGGGUGUCGGUGUCGUAUUCGUCAUGAGUACUCUGUACUGUCAUAAAAAUUGUGCAUAUGCCCUGCUCAGUUACGAGUGUAUAAUCUCUAUGAAUCUUAAAGCAGUUACGAAUGUGAAGUGGUGGUAGCCACCAAAACGGAUCUCAUUUUAAUUCGUCUAAAUUCUCAUCACAUCGCGGUAUUGGUAAUCGUAAAUUGAACGGAUCGCAUCAUAAACCUAUCACUAAAUUCUUACAGACGGGAGUUGACAAUGUCGACGACUGUAACUGUCAGAUAACUGCACCAAUUAAACCAAUCAAAAGGGAAAGAAAGUCUUACAUGCAGGCUUCAAGCUGGCACCGCCAACAAGGAAACCGUCAACAUCGUUCUCCUUGGCGAGCUCACGGCAGUUCUU